AUGUCAAACAAUUCAAACCCUCCAUGGCCUUCUCUUUAUUGGCCUAUUAAUACGGUAACUAAAAUUUAUCUUACUGAUCCGACAGCUGGAUUAUUAGCAUGGGUAGUAUUUCAUAAGUACAGAUGGUCAUUUUUAAUUCCGAUUAGUUUUGUGAUCGUUGCAUUACUAACAGGACUUGUGGGAGGAACAAUUGUCGGAUUUCUUUUAGCAUCAUUAUAUAAAUCUGGUAAUUUUGAAAUGUCCGUUUGGGUUCCAUUUUUAUGGGGAUUAAUUCAAGCAUUUUUAUUACUGUUAGGAUGUUUUACAACUUUUACAACUAUAUUAUGA